CACACCACCAACGAAGGCCCCGAGAGGCCAACCGCACAAACGGGCAGGCCGCCGCAAGAAGCAUCUUGGAACCGCAUGAACAACAAACACAACACCUUCUUCGACUGCUUCCGUCUCUGGCAUCUGGCUUCACUCCCCCCACGUCGCUCCGACCACUCGCACUAUCAUCCUUACGUACGCUCAUACUCUUUCCGACGCGCAACUAUGUCUCGUUUCGUCAGGGCUUCAAAGUACCGCCAUGUGUUUGGCAACUCGACGAAGCGCGACCAGUGCUUUGAUAACUUGAAGGUCUCCCGCAGCGCCUGGGAUACCAACCUGGUGAAAGCCAACCCGCUCUUCAUUUCCGUCAACAUCGAAGCCAGCGGCGGUGGCGCCUUUGCUGUCCUCUCGCACACCAACACGGGCAAGCUCUCGGACAAUCUCGCCGUCUACAACGGUCACACCGCCGCUGUGCUCGACACUGAUUUCAACCCGUUCAACGAUCAUGUGAUUGCCAGUGCGAGUGAGGAUACGAAGGUUAUGAUUUGGACGAUCCCGCAGGGUGGGCCGGUGGAGAGUAUCUCGACCCCGGCGGCUACUCUUACGGGGCAUGGCAGGAAGGUCGGCCACGUCCUCUUCCACCCCACAGCAGACAACGUGCUCGCCUCCGCGUCCGCCGAUUUCACCAUCAAGUUGUGGGACAUUGCGACGGGCCAGGAAAAGACGGAGCUGACGGGCCACACGGAGAUAAUCCAGUCGCUUUCCUGGAACUACGAUGGGUCAUUGCUGGCGACCACGUGCAAGGAUAAGAAGUUGAGGGUGUUUGAUGUGCGGGCUAAUAAAGUCGUUCAGGAAGCGGUCGGCCACCAAGGCAUCAAAGGCGCCCGCGUGCAAUGGAUGGGCAACGCCGACCGUUUCGUCACCACGGGCUUCUCGCGAACCAGUGACCGUCAGGUGUACAUCUACGACUCGAAGAACUUGAGCGCCCCGCUUAAGCAGGAGAAUAUCGAUACCGCCUCUGGUCUGCUCAUGCCGUUCUUCGAUGCCGACACGAGCAUGCUCUACCUUGCGGGCAAGGGUGACGGAAACAUCCGUUACUACGAAUGGGUCGACGACGAAAAGGGCCUGUACUUCCUCUCCGAGUACAAAUCCGCCGACCCGCAGCGCGGACUCUCGUUCUUGCCCAAGCGUGCUGUCAACGUUUCCGAGACGGAGAUUGCCAGGGCUUACAAGGUUCAUCCGACGUUGGUGGAGCCGAUCUCUUUUAAGGUGCCGCGUAAGUCGGACGCCUUCCAAUCCGACCUGUACCCAGAAACCCUAGGCGCGGAACCCUCCUUGACCGCCGACGAGUUCUUCAGCGGUAAAACGAGCCCACCAAAGCUCAUCUCCCUCGAGACUGGGUUUGCGGCCGCUACUACCGCUAAAGAGUUUGUGACGACGGCGAAGCCGGUUGAGGCUGUUAAUGAGAAGGUGCCGACUACGGAAAAGGAGUACCAAGACGCCUACCACGCCCUCCGAAAAGAAAACGAAGACCUGAAGAACCAAAUAUCCAACCGCGACGCACGGAUACGUCAGCUCGAGGCCCAGGUCGAGUCGUUGGGCAAGAAGUAGAUUGACAGUAUCGACUCCAGUCGAAUUGCUAGUAGUAUUGGACCGCAUCCUAUACCGUCCCAUAUUUUUGAGACAUCCUUGAUUGCCCGUGUUCCCUUUGACUCGUUACCUGACAACAUUGUGAGCCCACCUUAUCCUAUCUAGUGUCUUGAGCUCGACCAUGUUUUCGGACCCGCUGUGGACCACAAAUGAUAAAUGCGAAACAGGCCAACCUCGGUUCACUGUUGUGUUUUUUCUGGCUCACUGUUUGCAUGCCCUGGUGAAAUGGGAGGGAACUCUUCAAAGUGAGGACGGGGGCGGAU